AGUGAACCCGGACUAAGCCGAAAAGCUUUUCGACACAUGCGUCAGUUGAAACUGUGUAGCGGUUUCUUGUCGGGCGACAGUUUGCACCGGAAAAGACAAAAGCGGUGUUUUCUCUUCAAGGACAAAAAAAAUGUCACGACUGGGGACUUUCGUUAUAGUUCUGGUACUGCUUGUAGCGCCCAGUAUCGCCAUUAUAAGGGUUCCCCUUAAGAAGAUGAGGACCCUCCGUCGCCUCAUUAGCGAUAAUGGGAUGUCUCUAGAUCAAAUUCGGACCUUGGCGAAGACGAGCGGAGCCCCUGACAACGCCCCCUCGCCACAACUCCCCGUGGAGAGACUGACUAACUUCAUGGACGCCCAGUACUUUGGUACUAUCAGUAUUGGUUCCCCGCCUCAGGACUUCACAGUGCUUUUUGACACUGGCUCCUCCAACCUCUGGGUGCCCUCCAUUCACUGCUCCUUCUUUGAUGUCGCCUGCUGGAUCCAUCACCGCUACAACUCCAAGAAGUCGAGCACAUAUGUUCAGAAUGGUACCGACUUCUCCAUCCGCUACGGCAGAGGCAGCCUGUCGGGCUUCAUCAGCGGAGACACAGUCACUAUAGCAGGUUUGCCCGUGCCUGGCCAGCAGUUUGGGGAAGCGGUGAAGCAGCCCGGUAUUACAUUCGCCGUGGCCCGCUUUGACGGGGUCCUGGGCAUGGCAUACCCGUCCAUAUCGGUCGCCAACGUCACGCCGGUGUUUGACACGGCCAUGGCGGCCAAGCUGCUGCCGCAGAACGUCUUCUCUUUCUACAUAAGCAGGGAUCCUGCAGCGGCUGUGGGAGGAGAGCUGAUGUUGGGUGGGAGUGACCCGCAGUACUACACCGGAGAUCUGCACUACGUCAACGUCACACGCAAGGCCUACUGGCAGAUUGAGAUGAACAAAGUGGACGUGGGCCCCCAGCUGACAGUCUGCAAGACAGGCUGCCAGGCCAUUGUGGACACAGGGACUUCCCUGAUUGUCGGCCCCGUGGAGGAAAUCCGAGCACUCCAGAAAGCCAUCGGAGCUCUUCCCUUACUCAUGGGAGAGUACUGGAUUGACUGCAAGAAGAUCGACACCCUCCCCGUCAUCUCCUUCAACAUUGGAGGGAAGAUGUUCAACCUGACUGGAGAGGAUUAUGUCAUGAAGGAGUCCCAGAUGGGAACUUCAAUCUGCCUGUCAGGCUUCAUGGCCAUGGAUAUUCCGCCCCCUGCAGGACCUCUGUGGAUCCUGGGAGAUGUCUUCAUCAGGAAGUACUACACCGUUUUUGACAGGAGUGGUGACCGUGUAGGAUUUGCACGAGCCAAGUAGUACUGCCAAAUUAAAGUGCUGUUCUGGUUUGCAGCCUUCAAAAUGAUGUAAGAUCACAUUUUCAAGAAUGCUUGCAAGGACCGGCAUUAAAAAAAAUUCUUCAAAAAUUGA